AUGCAGCCCUCUUUAACCCUGAAUUCUAUGAGCAGCACCAUAUUUGCAAACUGCAGCAAGGCAAAAUUGGAUCAAUUGCUAUGGGAGGAAGCCCUUCUUGAUGUGCAAAAGGUCAUUGAGCUCGAGCCUUCCUCUCAUGUUGGAUAUCAGUUGAAGCACAUGGCGCUUCACGGCACACAACACUAUAUUGAAGCAAUCGAGGCCUUGAAGAUGAUGCUUGCGAAAUUGGCCAAACUGCGCGACAAGUCUGUCAGUCCCUCUGAAGCAGAGUGUGCCAUUCGAAAGGUCAUAAACAUUCAGCUUGACCCCACACCACUUCAAAUGCUUGACACAACUACCAGGAUCUUAUGUGAUCGAGAGGCACAAAUAAACACCUUCAAAAUGACCACAGAGUACAAGCAGCUUCGAUUAUCGAUUAUGAAGCAUGCAGAUAUCCCAAUGGGGUGCAUCACAGACACGGUGGCGAUGUACUUCCAUUAUGUCAUGUUAUCCCAUCGAUGGGGUGAGAACGAGCCGCUGCUGCAUGACAUCCAAGACAAGAUCGUGUACAAGUUGAAUGCAGCCGGUCUCAUGAAGUUGCAGUCAUUUUGCAAAGUUGUCCUUCAAGUGGGAUUUCACUGGGCCUGGGUUGACAUGUGUUGCAUCGAUCAGAAAAACCAUGUCGAGCUCCAAAAAUCACUCAACUCCGCAUUUUCCUGGUAUCACAAUUCUGCGUUCACGGUUGUCUACCUCUCAGAUGUCCCAUCUUUGUCCAAGUCUGGGGCACUGGCUAAGAGCGUCUGGAACACCCAAGGAUGGACUGUUCCGGAGUUCCUCGCUCCUAAAGUCAUUCGCUUCUACCAACAGGAUUGGACUCCAUACCUCGAUGACAUCUCUUUCAACCACAAGGAGUCUGUGGAGAUCAUGCAUGAAUUGGAGGAUGCGACAGGCAUAGAUGCAUGUGCUCUUGUUGCCUUUCAACCAGGCAUGAAAGAUGUCCGAGAGAAGUUACAAUGGGCGUCUAUGUGUGUCACCACUGUGCCAGAAGACAUUGCAUACUCAUUGUUUGGUAUCUUUGGCAUUCAGUUACCCAUCCUUUACGGCAAAAAUGCGCAAAAUGCGCUCGGGCAACUCCUGCAAGAGAUCGUGGCUCGUUCAUGGGACAUCACUGUCCUCGACUGGGUCAGACAACCAUCCAAGUUCAAUAGUUGUCUUCCAGCUGACAUCACCACAUAUGCAGCUCCGCCAUGCAUCCUACUAUAUUUGUCUGAAGAUGAGAUCCAGACAGCAAUCUCUUUGCUACGACACACUGUAGCUAUGGAUAAAGCUUUGAAACUUUACAACCAGCUCAACAACAUGAGCUAUCCUGGCUUCGCGAAUUGCAGGCUGCGUCUGCCUUGCAUCGUAUUUCCUGUUACUGAAGUCAGGCAGAGACCUGGUGCAGCCGAAGGGACAUUGUUCUCAUACGGAGUCAAAGCAGAUGGGUUUGAUGAUCUGCUGAUCACCACCGAAGAGAGGCUUGCCCAAUUUUUGCUGCUCAGACCAACUUGA